AUGGCUGCCAUGGCCCACAUCGCACCCACGCACUCGCUGACCCCCUGCCUGCUGGGAGGGCUCAUCGUGCUGUACGUGGGCUACAGGAUCGCCUCCACGCUGCAGACCAACGCCCGGAUCCGCAAGCUCGGCGCACGAGCGCCUGUCAGGAAGACGUACGUGCCCUUUGGCCUGGACAUGGCGUACGAAGUCGUCAGCUAUGCGCGCAGAAACGGGACGUACGACAUGUGGCUCCGCAUGUUCGACCAGUGGGCAGGCCCUGGCCGGUACACCAUCGAGGCGGGCGUAGGCGAAAGAGUGAUCCUGACGGCGGAGCCGGAGAACAUCAAGGCCAUUCUCGCCACCCAGUUCAAGGACUACGGCAAGGGCGAAGAGUUCAGGAAGGCCUGGCAUGCCUUUCUGGGAAACGGCAUCUUCACCACCGACUCGACGCUCUGGCACACCUCGCGCCAGCUCAUCCGCCCGCAGUUCGUCAAGGACCGCCUGUCCGACCUCGACCUCUUCGAAACGCAGACCCAGGUCCUCGUCGCCAAGCUCGCUGGCGGCCAGCCCGUGGACACGCUGGACAUGAUGUUCCGCUACACCCUGGACGCAGCCACCCACUUCCUCCUCGGCACCUCGGUCGACUCGCUGCACCACCCGCAGACCCGCUUCGCCGACGCCUUCUCCAACGCCCAGCGCGUGCAGAGCAUCAUCGCGCGCCUAGGGCCGCUCAACUGGGCCGUUCCCCGCACGCGCAUGGGCUUCUACGACUCCAUCAAGACCAUCGACGACUUCGUCUCCCUGUACAUCGACCGCGCCCUCGCCCUCUCGCCGGAAGAGCUCGAGAAGAAAACCAGCCACGACGCCGACUACACCUUCCUGCACGCCAUCGCCGCCUACACGCGCGACCGACAGAUGCUGCGCGACCAGCUGGUCUCCGUCCUGCUCGCGGGCCGCGACACCACCGCCUGCACGCUGACAUGGGCUUUGUACCACCUCUCCCUCUCGCCCGCCAUCGCCUCCAAGCUGCGCCAGGAAAUCCUCGACACCGUCGGCCGGCCCGCCUCCAAACCAACCUACCAACACCUCAAAAGCAUGAAGUACCUCCAGCACGUCCUGAACGAAACACUGCGUCUCUACCCCGUCGUCCCCUACAACGUGCGCGUGGCUCUGACCGACACCACGCUGCCCACCGGCGGCGGCCCCCAGGGUGACCAGCCGAUUGGCGUGCUGGCGGGCACGCCGAUCGGCUACAGCACGCUUGUCAUGCAGCGACGACGCGACCUGUAUCCAGCGGCCUCGACCGGAUUCGCAGACCCGACCCUGUUCGUGCCGGAGCGCUGGGACAGCUGGACGCCGCCGAGCUGGACGUAUGUGCCGUUCAACGGGGGGCCGAGGAUCUGUAUCGGCCAGCAGUUCGCCCUCACGGAAAUGGGCUACACGCUCGUCCGGCUACUGCAGCGCUUCGAGCGCAUCGACAACCUCAUGGACGGAGUCCACCCCGGCCUGCACGCCGACAUCGUGCUGCAGCCCGCGCGCGAGGUGAGGAUUGCGUUUCGCGAGUAG